UCAUGUACGGUACGUCCUAUUUAAUAUCCCAUGCUCUCUCUCUCUCUCCCGAUUUGAUUCGCCUAAGACUGAAUAUGAGUUCAGUACAGAAACAAUUGCUCGAUGAAGACGACGAUAAACGAACCCUUGAUCUCAUAAUCAACUCUCAAUCUCACACAAACCACCACCACCAACCACCUCACGCGGCGGCGGUAUCUUUGAAGCAAGAGCCAUAUGCGGAGGGGAGGCCUCAGCCGCCGCAUACGAUGUCCCCGGCGGCGACGCCCAUGCCGGUAUCGAUUCCGAAGCGGGCGGCUUCGACGAAAGACCGCCACACGAAGGUGGAGGGCCGGGGACGGAGAAUCCGCAUGCCCCCCACCUGCGCCGCUCGGAUAUUCCAACUCACCCGAGAACUCGGCCACAAGACCGACGGCGAAACCAUCCGGUGGUUACUUGAACACGCCGAACCCUCCAUCAUCGCCGCCACCGGCACCGGCACCAUCCCCGCCGUCUCCACCUUCUCCGCCACCGCCUCCACCACCACAAAGAAGAAACGCAACGCCGAUUCAACCUCCUCCUCCGGCCUCGCACCACUAGGCGGCGGAGCAACACCACCACCCACCUUCGUUCCCAUGUGGGCCAUACCAUCGAAUGCAGCACCGACAUUCUGGAUUGUUCCGCCAACAGCCUCGACUAUUCAGCAGCAACCCCAAAUAUGGAGUGCGUUUCCGAUCACAGCAACUCCAUUUAUUAACAUAUCAGCAGCAGCAGCAAGACCCAUUUCACAUCCGCCAUUAGAACUUUCCUCAGUCGCUACGAGCUCUACAGUCGGGGCUAAAAGUGAAAACAGAGAAUCAACAACAAUGGCAUCUACGCUGAGAGAUUUUUCGGUAGAGAUUUACGAUAAACAACAGCUUCAGUAGUAAUUCAACAGGAGAUUUUCCGGCGAAGAUUCGGUUGAGAAUGGCACGUGAGGAGAUUGAUAGUGGUGCACGUAUGAAGUUGGAUCAGGUUAGGUUAGGUUGGGUGGAGAGAGAGUUUGUUAUUGUGGGGCCAGGGCACACCAAAAGUGGUUGGUCAAUGGAGUAAUUAAAAUGAGAUUGGAUGGUCUCAACUGGGAGUUCAGAUCUUGUUUUUUUAUUUUUCUUUUUUAAGAUUUCUAUUUUGUAAAUUAUUUAUAAAAUAAUAAUUAAAUUCUACUUAUGAUAAUAGUUUCCUGCAA